GUCAUAUGAUCGACGAGAGAAAAAGUGGGCGAGUCUAGCCCGAGCUCCGAAGUGUCGUUCACGUCGCUACCAUAAUCACGUCGUUUCAUUAGUUCCGCGCGCCGAUUAAGUCGCGAUAUCCAUCUAAUAUAUUCGUGGAAAAGAAGAAUCACCAAAAUGAACGGGUGUAUGUUCAACAUCGACGGUGGAUAUUUGGAGGGCUUGUGCCGCGGCUUCAAGUGCGGUAUCCUCCAGCAGAGUGACUACCUAAACUUAAUUCAAUGCGAAACCUUGGAGGAUUUGAAGCUGCACUUGGCUGGAACUGACUAUGGUAGCUUCUUGGCCAAUGAACCAUCCCCUCUAUCAGUGAGCGUGAUCGACGACAAGCUACGAGAAAAAUUGGUCAUUGAGUUCCAGCAUUUGAGGAAUCAUUCGGUUCAGCCAUUGUCCACUUUUCUGGAUUUCAUUACCUACAGCUACAUGAUCGAUAAUAUUAUCCUCCUGAUCACUGGGACCCUGCAUCAAAGACCCAUUUCCGAGCUGAUUCCCAAGUGUCAUCCUUUGGGAAGCUUCGAACAGAUGGAAGCUAUCCAUGUAGCAGCUACUCCUGCUGAACUUUACAAUGCCGUGCUUGUCGAUACGCCACUAGCUCCAUUCUUCGUCGACUGUAUCUCCGAGCAGGAUCUUGAUGAGAUGAACAUUGAAAUAAUCAGGAACACACUUUACAAAGCUUACUUGGAGGCUUUUUACAAGUUUUGCCUUGCCAUUGGCGGAACUACUGCUGAUACCAUGUGCGAAAUUCUAGCAUUUGAAGCUGAUCGCCGAGCCAUUAUCAUAACAAUCAACUCAUUUGGCACAGAGUUAGGAAAGGAUGACCGUGCUAAACUGUAUCCACGAUGUGGUCGUUUAAACCCUGAUGGACUGGCUGCACUGGCCCGUGCAGAUGAUUAUGAGCAGGUUAAAGCAGUUGCGGAAUAUUAUGCGGAGUACAGCGCAUUGUUUGAAGGUGCCGGAAACAAUCCAGGAGACAAGACUUUGGAGGAUAAGUUCUUUGAACAUGAGGUUCGCCUCAACAUGCAAGCAUUUCUACAGCAGUUCCACUUCGGAGUGUUCUACAGCUACUUGAAGCUGAAAGAGCAAGAAUGCCGCAACAUUGUGUGGAUUUCAGAGUGCGUAGCGCAGAAACAUCGUGCUAAGAUCGAUAAUUACAUCCCAAUUUUUUAAUUCACAAACUGCCACCAAGAAAACGUAAUAUUCCGUAUCUUCGAAAUACCAAUCAAUGGAGGCAGAUCAAUGUAAUCUUCAGUCUGCAAUUCAAUUCCAAGCUAGUUUCACAACUUACACACUCUGAAUUCUGAUCAGUUUACUGCAUCGCUACAGUCUUUGCAACCAACAACUAGACCUAGAUAUUACACGAAAUAUGCCAUGAUUUCGUUUGCAGCAUCAUUUCGUUAUUACUUCCGUGCCUCUCAGUUAGAAUAAACAAAUAUUUACUUCUGGUUAGAGAAUUAUUUCAUGUAUAUAGUGUAUUUUAUCGGUAUAAAAUUAACCACUUACCAUUGUCUUAUACAUAUAGUAUUAUUUCACGGUGUGAUUGUUAAUUUAAUAAUAACUACAUAUUGUAUAAACUCGUAAGUAAUAAAAUUGUAACGCAUUCCACGUCAA